GAGUAACUUAACGUUUCAGUCUUCAACUCUUUCAUGCUCCGGCCGUUGCGCUUACACGUAGGAACGACGAUAAUGGCCGAUGGCCAAUUACAUGGCGUUUUGUAUCGAAACGUACAAAGAUGGGUGCACAGUUGCCCCAAUUAAAGGCGCAGAGAGGCUGCUGGACAUGUAAAAGUCGCAAAAUUGGUUGCGACAGAAGUCUCCCUUGUUGUAAAAAUUGCCUUCGCACCGAUAGAACUUGCAAAGGCUAUGGCCCUCGAUUGGUGUGGCGAACCUCAGCUACAGUCAAGCCUCAGCAUGUUCAAGCCUACUGGUCCGCAGACUCUGCUCAGAGACUGCAAGACUACGGAACGGACUUUCUGACCUUCAACGUAGAAGAUAUGGAUCUUGCAGAAGGCCGUAUUGAUUGGCAUAGCGCACUGGUCAAGUCCCUAGCUCGACCAAGGUGUGCUUUCAUUUCACAUCGAUCGAGUACUAGCCAGCAGGGGGCUAUUUUCAGUUACUACAUCCAGGUGGUAGCUCCGAUGUGCUCGACCACCCAUUUCGGCAACGGGUUGUGGCAGGAACUGCCAUCAAUAGCCCUUUCAGCACAUGACGCAUCAACGGAAGCACUUUUGCACUCUAUGAUCGGCAUCUCAGUUCAUCAUCUCCGGGGUUCUGACGCCGCGCUUCCUUUCAAGAUGAAAGCAGUGCAAGCUCUUACGCGUUCGCUUGCCCACUCGGCUGCCUGUGUCAAGAAAAGCACGCUAUCGCAAUUAGCGGCAGUCAUGAUGAUUUGUAUGCAUAGUGUUUUCGAUGCAGACGACGGUUACUUCUAUGUACACUUGGAAGGAGCUCGACAAAUUUUGCUGGACUUGGGCCUGAGAUACGGACGAAGCCAGCUCACUGAGUUUCUGACCAUCUGGCUUAUGUACUAUGACGUGCUAAGCAGUUUUGCUCAUCCGCUGCGCCAAUCUCAUCGCACACUUGAUGCUUCAUUCGACCGAAUUAUUUUGCAGGACGACCCUACGAUUAUCAUAGGGAUCCUAGGCUGCUCGAUUGAGGUCUUCAAUGCAAUCCGCCGCAUCAAUAUACUUCGAGCGAGGAUCCUCCUUAAACGCAACGAAACAUCCGAGUCCAUUGAUAAGAAGGAACACCGGCCUGCAUUGGAGGCAAUGCUUCAAAAUGCUACGCAACAACUCAGUCGUCACGAGAUCGACUACUUGGUGCAUGCAAAGCGUGCAGAAGUUCUAGCGAAGGCGGAACUAUACCGGCUGGCCGCUUUACUCUACCUACAGCGUGUAGUGCCAGCAGAUGGAGAUGAAGGCCGAAGAGCAGCAUACCUACAACAGGCACUCUCUAUCUUGUCGAGACUCACGGUCGCAUCGAGCCCAUGGCCCUGUUUUAUCGUGGCUUGCGAAGUUACGUUAGAAGAACAGCGAUCACAAAUCCUUAAGGCUUUACAUGACAUGGAUGCAAUACGAAGAAUUGGGAAUGUGCACGCGACGCGUGCCAUUAUUGAGACGAUUUGGAAACAGCAAGACCUCCGAGGGGGAGUUGAACGUGUUGGCUGGUGGUCCUGCACUGAUUUUGGGCUGUCGGUUCCCUGGUUUGUGUGACUCAGUUAGCAACGGGAUUCUAUUCUUUAGUCUCUGUGAGAAGUCUAUAGUGACAUCACCUUAUUGCGUCCAUGUUUUAUUCUAACAACAUUCUUUAUAUAUGCAGACUAGUUGUUGUGAUAUACAGGCAAUAUGAUUAAGGAUUUGCAAUAG